AUGAUGCAUGGUGCACCCAGCGUUGCCACGCCGCACACACGCUGCCAAAUGCUGGCGUUGGUAUAUGCCGGCGAUCGCUUUCCGCGCCGCGAGACGCGCUACCCGGCCUUUCCCACCGGGCACUGUGUGCAUGGCCACCGCAUCCAAUUGUCAUUGCCACAUAUGCCUUUUUGUUUCCUGGCGACCUUCAUGUAUUGUGUCCGUCAGACGCGAGCAGGGCCUGGAUCCUCGGAGCGGCGGCCAUGGCAAGGGCUGCAGCGGCCUAGGGAGGAGGGGCAUUACAAAUUAGCACCAGAUACAGCGAGGUAUUCGGUGUCAGAAUUUCAAAGAAGAUACGCAAUGGCGUGGAUCUGUAUGAUGCUCUUCCAGCAGGGGAAGUAUGGAGCAGCAGUGGGUAUUGUCUGGUGUUUGUUGAACAUGGUCUUCCCAGAUGGUGCUGUUCCUUUGAUUUGUGCAUCAACUCCUUGGCAGGGAUUACCACAGAAGGCAGAGGGAAAUCAAAGAAGUGUGGGGUUGAAAUUGCUUAAGAUUGAUCCAAUCUUUACAGCUCAUGUGCGUGUCUUGAUGGCAAUGCUCAGCGUCAGAGUGUGCAAAGAAAAGUGGAAGAUUAGUUUUGCAGGGUGGGCAUUCAGCAGUGGACUUGUGAACAAGCCACUCUCUUUCCUUGACACUGCUUUGGGAAUGAGGAACAAGGUUGUGCAUGCCCCUUUCUUGAGUAAGUUGGCUUUGGUGCUUAGCCAUCAGCAAAAGUAUGAGGAAGCUGAAAGGCUUGAAAGAGAAGGGCAGGCCACGAGAUGGAAGGUGUUGUGUGAGGUCAACCCAGAUGCUGGAAAGUCUUUAAGCAACUUAGCAAUGGUGCUUGGCAGUCACAGGGGACACAAAGAGCCAGAGGGGUCUCACAGAGAAGGGCUGGAAACAGUGAGGAUGGGGUUGGGUGUGGCCCAACCAGAUGUUGCCACAUCGUUGGACAAUUUGGCAUUGAUGCUUAGGAGCCAGGAGACAUACGAAGAAGCACAGAGGCUUCACAGUGAAUGGAUGGAAUUGCGGAGGAAGGUGUUGGGUGAGGUCUAUCCAGAUGUUACUGCUUCUCUCAACAGUUUGAUAUAUGUGUUUGGGGAGCAGGUGAAGUAUAAAGAAGCCAAGAUGCUCCACAGGGGAGUACUGGAAUUGCAGAGGAAUGUGUUGGGUGAGCUUUGCUGGGUGGUUUUGGGGUCAACACACUAUCCCUGCAACCUUGGAUUAGUACUCGAACGAAAAAAAGAAUACACAGCAGCAAAACCUUACUAUAGACAAGCCCUAGAAAUGGCAAAGACAGUGCAAAGACAGGGCCACCAAAUCAUUGCUGCUGCUGGGCAUAAUUUGGAGCUUGUAGCACAACAACCUCAGAAGCGAGUGGAGAUGCCACCGCUUGGUCCCCAUCCAGACAUUUCCACUUAUUUCUGUGGUUUGGCAACAAGGCAUGUGAAGAGAAAGUCUGAAGAAACAGGGAGGGUCAGGAGAGAAGGACUGGAAGCGAGCGACGAAAUUCUGAACAAGAAGCCGCCUCGAUCCAAAAUGGAACUUCGCCAAGAUGCUUCAAAUAUUUAUGCUUCGCGGGGGUGGUUCUCCUCGUCGUUUUCCCUGACAGCUUGCGUCAUUAUCGCCAUCACCUUUGCGACGGCUGCUGCUGCAUACAGCGAUGUGAAUUCUCCCAUGCAGGGAGAUCUCACAUGGAGUGCAGCACCGCGAGGUCGAUUUCCGUAUCUGGUCAGCGUACGGAACGGUUUAAAGGGGGGCAGUUGCGAUGGCGUGCUGACUCAUCCGCGUUACGUAAUUGUCGACGCUCGUUGCGCGAAGUUGGUCGGCCCAAAUCCGGUGCUUUUCUUUUACAGCGCGGUGGCUGACGAAGGGGCGGCGACGAUCAAGGAGGUCAGGGCGGAAGGGGUCCUUUUUCAUCCGAACAUAACGGAAGUGGCUUUGUUUCUACUCUUGGAGCCCGUCAGCGGCAACGUGGCAGUGCCUCAAGCGGCGCAGCCAAUCCCAAACGCCGUUCUGACGACUGUCGCUGAUGGAAGCGACGUUCUCGUCGCUCCCUGGGACUGCGGGAAGGACGCCAUGGGGGCCGAGUGCGAGCGAGCCUUGGCGAAAGCACCAAACUACAAUGACGGCCUCAAGUUCAGGCAGUACAGUUUGCUGGCGCUGGACCCGCCUCCCUCUGCAGCUGGUUUUGAGAACCGAGAUAGCAAUUUCGAUCUCAUUGUCGGCGUGGUGUCAUCCUGGGAUGGUGACGUGGCAUUCCUGGAUUUAAAUAGAAGCGACGUCCGGAGAUGGCUGGCGGAUGUCAAAGCCCAAACGGAGCCCGUACAAACAAAGAGACGUGAUCAUAUGUCGGCCCUGGUGAUUUCUUCCGUCUCUCUGGCCUACUCGGUGGCGUGCGAUCACAUUUCGGUGCUGUACCAGAGGGGAUUUGCGGUGUCGUUCGUGAUUGGACUGAUCGCGUGGACGCACGAAUACCUGGAUGACGCAUUCCAGUACUAUGCAUCUCUGCCGCUAGAGGACGUCAUUGCCAUCGCCCUCGCACUGGCAGCAGUGUUGAUCAGAGUGAUGAUCACUUAUUUGCCUCAUCUCUAUUCCUGGGUCGAGCAAGGUGGGGCAAAGCCCCCUAUUUGCGUAAUCCACGACGCCCUCCCAGAGGCCAAGAAUCUUCCCGAAGCAGCCCUCGUUGAG